AACGCCAAGCACAUUGCCUUCGCUCUUUUUACAUCAGGGCAACAGAAAUAUUCAUAAAAAACAAAUAAAAAAUAAAAAUACUAACACGAAAUUUACUUUCGUGCUUUGAUAGAAUUCCAUUAUUCACUUUGAGUGCUAACAAACGCAUAAUGAGUGACAGCAUGGAGAAUGACAGCAAAAGCGAGAACGUCGAAGAUGGGCUGCCCAUAAAGCCGUCGUCGACGUCGACGUCUACGUCAACGUCAAAGGCAGCAACAACAACUGAAACAGAAACAGAAACAGAUUCCGACAGCCCAAACGAAGAAGAUGGCACUAUGGAUAUGAUUCGUCGAUUCUUUUCACAUACUUUUAAUUUGGCAUCGGGCACUGCGGACAACGAAGGCCCAAUUGUGGAUAAGGUAAUUCCGGAACUGACCUUUGAAGGUCUAUCGUCUCACUGGCGCGAACAUGGCUUUAAAAACAUUGUGACAAUGGUGGGUGCUGGCAUCUCCACGUCUGCGGGUAUUCCGGAUUUUCGAUCGCCCGGGUCUGGUCUGUACAACAAUUUGAAAAAGUACAAGCUGCCGCACCCGACAGCAAUCUUUGAUGUCGACUACUUCCAAAAGAAUCCGACCCCUUUCUUCGCACUGGCCAAAGAGUUAUAUCCGGGCUCCUUUGAGCCGACGCCGGCCCAUUACUUUGUCCGACUGCUGCACGAGAAGGGUCUGCUACAACGGCAUUAUACGCAAAACAUCGACACGCUGGAUCGUUUGGCCGGUCUACCCGAGAACAAAAUUAUUGAGGCGCACGGCAGCUUCUAUACGAACCAUUGUCUCAAUUGCAAACAGCAAUACGAUAUGGCCUGGAUGAAGAGUAAAAUAUUUGCAGAUGAGCUGCCGAGCUGCGAACACUGCAAGGGACUUGUGAAGCCGGACAUCGUGUUCUUUGGGGAAAACCUGCCUGGAAAGUUUUACAGCAGUCCCGAGGAGGAUUUCCAGGACUGUGAUUUGCUCAUCAUCAUGGGCACGUCGCUGGAGGUGCAGCCCUUUGCCUCGCUGAUCCAUCGCGCUGGCCCCCGUUGCAUUCGACUCCUGAUAAAUCGCGAUGCCGUUGGACGCUCCAGCUUUGCGCCUUGGAUGGAUUCCAAUGGAAAGUCUUUGCUCUAUGGAAAACCGAAGAAUACGCGGGAUGUGGCUUACCUUGGCGACUGCGAUGCUGGUGUCUUGGCACUGGCCGAGGCACUGGGCUGGGCAGAGGAACUCCAGCAGCUGAUCAGUAACGGGCAACAAAUAAUAGAAGAAAAAACUGACAACAGCGCUGACACGAACGUAGCUGAGCCUCAGGCCAAGGAGGAGGAGGAGACUGUGAAAUGAGGCUAAAUUUAGACUAGUAUUUCCAAUUUAAUUUACAUUAGAAAUUGUGACAAAGGAAAUUUUUUCAUGCGUGCAAUAUGUAUGUAUGUUUGUAUUUAAUUUCAUAAGAAGAGUGUGGUAACUGGAUACGUUUUAAGCAUAUGUAUAUAAUUGUAUAUAUAUGUGUGUAAAUAUGAGUGUUUGAUGAA